AUGAGCAGGUGCAGGCCCUAGGUGAAAUUACUGCAGAAGAGCUACAGGGAGCUAGAGAGCUGACUCCAUAUGAGUUGAACAAUGACUGCUGAGAGGGUUUAAGGGAACUGAUUAAAUGAUGCUUCUCUCUCUCUCUCUCUCUCUCUCUCUCUCUCUCUCUCUCUCUCUCUCUGCAGAAGAGCACACCUACGGCUGUGUUUAGAGCGAUUGAAAUCCCUCGUUCCAUUGGGACCAGACUCCAACAGGCAUACCACCCUCAGCCUGUUGAUGAGAGCCAAGAAACACAUUGGGGUGGGUGGGCGGGGAAGUAAUUAGUUCCAAGUGUUUACUGUUUCAAGGGGGCAAUUUGGUUGACCAUUGUAGAGGUCAGAAGAGGGGGCUAGUCUGUUUCUGCCUUAGCUAACCCCUUGGCAUGGUUACAGCAACAGGGUUGACUAAAACAAAAAGAGAUCUGUUACCCUGGCUAGCUAGAGGGUAAUUAGUAUAGCACUAACUCUGGUGAGUGACUAGUGUACAUCUGGGUUUGUUUUAGAGUACACAGCUCAGUUGGUGAGGUGAUUUUAAGGUGGAGUAAAGUGGCAAAACUAAACCCUGCAUCACUCAAGGACUAGGGUUACCUACCCUGUAGAGGAACAUGUCCAUGGUUAACUAUGUGUGGAUGAGGCCAGUACAGUAUAUUAAAGUUAACUGUCCAGUGUUUCCAGAUUUCUAAAAUUGUAAUAAAGUAUGUUAUAGUGCUGAGCGAUUAACCAAAAUGUAGGUUAUCUUUCUGUUUUUAAACAACUAAUUGACCGAUGUCGGUACAAUUAUUUGAAUUCCAUUUUGUGAUUUUUUCUUCUUCUGUGAGCUCAAUGCGCACAUUGCACAGUUUCUCUAGAGAUAAAUCAGAUCCAGCCUGAACUGUGCGAUGUAGUAGGGACUUGUAGUUUUCAACAGGCCAAUAUUCUACAUAGUUUAGCGCAUAAAACGUGGUAAUUAGCUAAAAUGACCAUAAUCCAUUGCGCACUUACGUGUCCGGUGUCUGUUUCUUUUAUGCCUGCUACGGAAGAGGCAGAAGAAUGCACGAUCGUGAGGGGAUAUAGAGAGCAGCUGUUGCUUCGCAAGGUAUCUCUACCUGAAAAUACAUGAUCUAAGUGAUUGGUAGUUGGUAUUCAGCAGUCAUAAAAUAUGCCUUAUUUACUUUGAAGAACUACUAAAAUAGUGAUUUUGUCAGACAGCAUAGGCAGCUGCUCUAUAUAGAUGAGAUGAUGACUUGGAGUGAAACAAAUGUAAUAUACACAACUGAAAUAUUUUAUUAAAGUAAUGUGAAUAAAUGAUGGUUAAUAAGUGAUACGCAGUAAUUGGCAGUCACUACCAUCAUGGGACUUUUAUUAAUUGUUUUAUUCUGUGUUACAGCAUCCAACCCAAAUAAUCGAAACCGAAAUCGAAAACCGUGAUAAUUUAUUUAUAAUCGAACCGAAACCGAACAGACCUCAAAAAGCGCUAAUCACUCAGCACUAGUUUGUUAAAAAGCAGCUUUUCUUUUGGAAUGGAUGAGUCAAAAACAUUAUUUGAGUAUGAGUUAACAGAAUAUGAACUUUUAAAAGUUAGAUUUUCACUGGACAGUUACUUCACUGCAUCACUGUUACAUACACUACUGAGGUCAGAGGUUGCAGGAGGGCAAGAGGAGAUAUCAGCAUGUCUUAGUGCAGUUGACACAAUGCACACACACACACACGCCUCACAUACACACACAUAUACUACACACACACACAAAGUGAGGAUGCUGUCUGACUGUAUGUGUGUGUGCUGUAGAGGUUGGAGGAGAGCGAACGGAGAGCCCAGCAUACCUUAGACCAGCUGCAGAGGGAGCAGAGGCACCUGCAACGACGUCUGGAGCAGCUAGGGGUGGAGAGAACACGUAUGGACAGCACAGGAUCCACCGUCUCCUCCAACAAUCCUGACUCAGACCAGGGUGAGCACACACAUCACACAUGACCAAUAUUAGCUGGCACUGUAAAGCUUUAUUGUUGAUGGCCAUGGCUGUUAUGUUCACCAAGGUAUAGAUACAGACACUGUUCAGUGAUAUGAAAAAAAUUGUGCAUUCCACAUUGGUAAUCCAAGGUAGUUGUGUUGUGGUCACAGUGGAGCAGAUGUGUGUUUUAGGGUGAGUGCGUAGUAUUCAUCUGUGGUGUGUGUUACAGAGGAGGAGCUGGAUGUGGACGUGGAGGGGACCGACUACCUGCUGGGGGAUCUGGAGUGGAGCACCAGCAGUGUGAGUGACUCUGACGAGAGGGGAAGCCUGCGCAGCAGCUGCAGUGACGAGGGCUACUCCAGUGCCAGCCUGCGCCUGCAGAACCAAAACACUCAGGAGAAGGCCAAGCAGUUGGGCUGCAGCCUAUAA